CCUUAGAGUCAAGCUUAUUGGUGGCACUGCUGCAGGGACUACUAUAGGUAGAACUAAUUUGAAAAUCAAAAAUCCAAAAUGCUCCAAAAUCUGAAAUGUUUUGAGCACCGACAUGACACCAUAGGUGGGAAAUUCCACACUUGGCCUCCUGUGACAGGUCACAGUCACAGUGCUGUCAAAACUUUGUUGCAUGCACAAAACUAUUUCAAAUAUUAUGUUUAAAAUUACCUUGAGGCAGUGUGAUACGGCAUAUAUGAAACGUGGACAAAUUUCCUUUUCAGACUUGGUCCCAUUCCUAAGAUAUCUCAUUAUGUAUAUGCAAAUAUUCCAAAAUCCAGAACAAUUUGAAAUCCAAAAAACUUCUGGUCUCAAGCAUUUCAGAUAAAAGAUACUCAACCCAUAUUCCCUUCCCUCAUCCUGUAGUCUUUUUAAAUCUGAUAAGAGGCCUGGUGGCCGUGGGAAUAGCACAGUGCUCCCUUGACAUGUAAGAAAGUGGCUGGAGAGGUCGUCUGUAUUUGGAGCUGUAGGGAUUAUAGAUAAGUUUACACACUUUAUGGAUCAGUUAGCCUGUGAUGUUGGCCAGGAGACAGAUGCAGAAACAGCAAUUAGAAUAUGCCACACGCUGUAGUAGCAGGCAGACAGGGACAGUGGCAGCUGGAAGGAUGGUCACUGCACUUGGAGAUGUCUGAGCAGAGGAACUGGACAGGCAGAAAACAUGUAACGGCAUUCCAGGUAGAAUGUGGGUUCUUGCGGGCAAGGCAUGGCUCUGGAGGAAAACCUCUCACCUAUCUGUCCUAGAUCAGGAAGAAUUUAUCCCGGGAGAGGGAAAGAGAGUGCUUAUCUUGCUCACACAGAUAGACCAGAGGGGAAGGGCAGGUGGCUGGAAAGGCAUUGGAUGUGGUAACAUGGAGGGCUUUUCUUCCAUCUGCAUCUUAGAGAAUGCUGUGUGCCUCCAGCCAUUGUCUAGCCAGUUUAGAAGUGAUGGUCAAUGAUCAUUUGAAGUGUAUCAGAGAAGUGGUUUGCUCCUCAGUAUAUUUUUCUAUACCCUUAGAGUUCAAGGUAUAUUUUGAAUUCUUUUUUAUUCUGAUGAUUGGUCUGCGUACUCAGUUAAUUGGAAAAAUACUUUUACCAGUUGAGAAAAGCCAUGUUAGUAUUCCAUAGACUUGCCUACCACCACGUCAUCCUGAGUACUUUGCAAAGUCUCCUAACCUCUAUCUUGAGCAGGAGUCUCUAGAAUCUUCCCAAAAAAGUAAGGAACUUGAUUCAGGGCAAUGGGAAGAACAUAGAACUUUACCCCAGAGCUCUUUGCUCCCGGAUGACCCAAGGGAAAUCACAUAGACCGUCUCUCAUUUUCUUCACCUUUAUGCUAGUUCUGGCUGCUUCAAGUGUUGAUGCAAGGAUAACUGGGACAUGGGACAGAAAGUGCUUUGCGAGUGUACCAGGCUCGAUGCAGGCAGCGUUUCAGGGUGACACUCUUUGCCAGCAUCAAUUUCAGCAUGGGUUAGACAGGAACCUGCCCCUGGUCUUGGAAGGCACAUCCGGACAGUCAGUGUCAGUGAAGGUCAGAGCUGCAUCUGAUGUGUCUUACUGAGAGGCUUCAUUUCCCAGCCAUAGCCUCACUUGGUUAGAGCACCAGGAGGUGAAGGAACAACGUCCCUCUAAUCCUUUUACUGAGUCUGCAUAAAGGAGCCCAGACGUUCUCCUGGCCCCUUCUGGACCAUCCCCACUCCUUCAGGUCCGGGGAUAGCUAGGGGUUUGGAGAGCCUGGAGCCUGGUGCCUGCACCUCACACCUGUCUCUGCUCCCAAGAACUGCAGCAGCUUUGGGCUGGAGGGACACCCUCCACUGUGCCUGCUUAGGACACUCUGAAACCUUGCUCCUCUGGCAGCUGCCUGCUCCCUGGCUCCGACACCCCGCCUCUCUGAGUCUCUGAUCUGCGCUGCAGUUAGAAACCCUGCCUGGAGUUGGAUCCACUGAACAAUAAUUUGGUCGUCACAGCAGGUACUUCCUUGCUUUUCCAUUCCUGCCAGAAUUGGGUGUGUUUUGGUGCCCUAGGGCAGCAAAUUGGUAGAGCAGCAGGAAUGAGGAGCUACCAGUCCAGCCCCAGGAAUUUACUGGUCAUUGUUUCUGUCUCGGCUCUGCCCCGACAGACUUCCGUUCGUUUAAUGAUCAGAGGCUUCGUGUGGUCCAGGGUCCCCAGGAGGGGGUAGGGAGGGAUGUUUCUAAAGCUGAGCCAGGAUGAAAGUGAUGCACUAUUGAAGGGUUUCAACUCUAAGGAGGCUACAUCCUCAUUAGGAACAAAUUCAUUAAUGAGCCGCAUCAGCUGCAGGGAGGAAGGAGGAAAGCAUAAUUAAUUACAACUGCUCAGAUGAGCUGCCAGAUUCAGAGGAGUCAAGAAGGAAGAUUGUGUGUUGUUUGGAUGUCUUUAGCUGUGUUCCUCCAAAGCAAUGGCAGCUCUGGGAACUAACUUUCCAGCUGAAGGAUUUUAACGUUCUUUCUCUUUCUACAAGAUCCAGUCUUAGCUUAUUGAGCAGUGAAUUCCUUUCUUACCCCACUCACCUAUUCCCGGGAGCAAAAAGGAAGUCAGUAUUUGCUUUUCCAGCAAGGUCACAGAUCACCUGACCAACUCCUUUAACAGCUGCGAAACAGACGCGGCUGUGCUGAAGGCAGGAGAGUGAUCGGCUCCGGCCCUGCAGCCCAAAGCUGGCUUUCUGGGAAGGAGAUGAGUCCUCCCUGCUGUGGGCUGUGCAGGGGGAUGAUGCCAUGGAAGCACUCUCCAACAAGUUUUACAGACUCAUCGGAUGAAGAGUACCUGAGACACUGAGGGUCAGCGCUCCAAAGAUGGAGAAGACAGAUGCCAAAGACCAGUCCUCUCAGGGGGACGAAGAGAAAGAGCCUCCGAAGAGCCACCCUUACUCUGUGGAGACCCCGUACGGUUUUCAUUUAGACCUGGACUUCCUCAAGUAUGUGGAUGACAUCGAGAAGGGAAACACCAUCAAAAGAAUUCCUAUCCACAGAAGGGCCAAGCAGGCCAAGUUUAGCACUUUGCCCCGAAACUUCAGCCUUCCUGACAGCAGGGCUCGCCCUUCUGCGGCCCCGCCCCCCCACAACUGGUCCCCAGUGGUGCCAAUGAAGGCAUCGUGUGGGACACAGGAACAAACCCAGUCGCUGCCGCUUGGUAAUGCCCCCCAGGCCUCACCCAGUACGAGUGAGGUGAGCUACCACAGGAGGGCUCUGUUGGCAGAGGCCACCAGGCAGUUGGAGGCUGCUGAACCAGAGGACGCCGAUCUCACCCCUGGGAGUGGACGGCCCCAGCUGUUGAGAGCCUCCAGCAUGCCCGCCACGCUGCUGCACAGCAGGGCUUCUGAGGAGCCAGGCCUUAGCCUGGGGCUCCCCGCCCCUCCUCCCCUCCCACCCCUUCAGGGUGAAGGCAGUGUCUGCAAUGGCACCUUUGGCCCCACAGAAGGAUUGGCAGGUUUCCAGAGCUCCAGCCCACAAGCACCAACUCGGAUUCCAGAGCUGGUCCAGAAGGGAGCGGAGGGCAUGGUGAAGGCUCCAAAUCACCUCCCUCUCCCAGGCCCUUCUUCCUCAUUCCAGAACGCACUUGUAGUACUAGAGGAUGAGGAAGAUGAACACAAAGCCAGAGACGCAGAGCGGGUGUUCACCCCUGGCUCCCCCACACCAAGUCCUCCGCCUCUGCCAUCACCCAUCCCUGAGAAUGAGCUCCUCCUGGAAGAGAUCGAGCUCAACAUCAGCGAGAUUCCACCUCCGCCGCCUGUGGAGGUGGACGUGAGAAGCAUUGGCAUCAGGGUAACGGAGGAAAGCCUGGGCCUUGCCAGAGUGGAUCCGGGCAGCGUCUCCAUUCUGAAACAGCAGGUCUCGGCCCUGGAGGGAGAGUUGUCUGGGAGAACUGAGGAACUGGCACAGGUCAGAGCUGCCCUCCAGCAGCAGGAAGAGGAAAUCAGGGCUAGGGAGCAAAGAAUUCGAGAGCUGGAGUGCACCAUAGCCCAGCUGGAAGGACAGCUUCCCCAAGAGAAUGUCAAAGACGCUCCGGGCCAGGCGGACGCCAUGGUGAACACUGACCCUGUUCAUGGACUCUUGACCAGGGAGUCAUGUGACAAGAGCAUUGAGGUCAACCUUCUAGGCAGCAUGGAGUCUGAAAGCUGGGGGCACCGAGGAGAGGAGAAUGGCCUCCUAUGGGGGCCAGGCGGUCACAAACAAGGGGACCAGAGCCCAGCAGGACAUGGGCUUCCACCCCCACUGUCACUGCCACAGGGACCCGAGCAGGUCCUCACCCCCUCUGUACAUAGCUUCCUCUCCACUGAACUCAGGAUUGAGGAAGCAGACUCUGAGCAGGAAGGAGGCCCUCAGGGAGAAGCGGGGGGAGCAGGGGGCUCUCCGUGGGGCAGCGACAGAAAGACUCCCCCAGCAGGGAGGGAAGAGGCCAGUUCUGAGCUCCCAGGGAAGGAGCACUCGGGAAGGCCACCGAGCUCGCCAACGGAUGCCACUAUUGGGCAGUACGUGAAGAAGAUCCAGGAGCUCCUGCAGGAGCAGUGGAACUGCCUGGAGCACGGGUACCCUGAGCUGGCCAGCGCCAUCAAGCAGCCGGCCUCCAAGCUCAGCAGCAUCCAGAGCCAGCUGUUGAGUUCCCUCAACCUGCUGCUGUCGGCCUACUCGGCCCAGGCUCCCCCACCCAAGGAGCCCCCGGCCUCCGCCUCCUCCCCGCCGAUGGAGAUCUCCCCGUCGACCAGCAUUAAAUCCAUAAUGAAAAAGAAAGACUAUGGCUUCCGUGCAGGAGGUAAUGGGACCAAAAAGAACCUUCAGUUUGUUGGGGUUAACGGUGGGUAUGAGACCACCUCAAGUGAGGAGACCAGCGGUGAGGACAGCUCCCCAGAGGAGUUGUCUGACAGUGAGGCUGAGAAGAAGUGUGAUGGCCCAGACCACAGGCAUGUCAAAGAUGCCCACCUCACCUGCGAGGCUGGGCAGGGCAUCCCCGAGGGUUCCCGCUAUGCCACCCAGGAAAGUGGGCCUGGGGAAGAGGUCUCCCACUCCAAGGCCGAGAGAUAUAAACCGUCAGAAGAAUUUCUUACUGCAUGCCGGGCACUGAGCCAGCAUCUGCCGGAAACUGGGACCACCACAGACCAGCUCUUGAGGCAAAGCCUGAACACCAUCAGUCAAGAGUGGUUCCGCGUCUCCAGCCGGAAGUCAUCGAGCCCUGCCGUGGUGGCCGCCUACCUCCGCGAGGUCCAGCCUCACUCCCCACACUUCCUGCAGCUGCUUGUCAACUUGGCGGAUCGCAAUGGGAACACGGCUCUUCACUACAGUGUGUCCCACUCCAACUUCUCCAUCGUGAAGCUGCUACUGGAGACAGGCGUCUGCAACGUGGACCAUCAGAACAAAGCUGGCUACACUGCCGUAAUGAUCACUCCCUUGGCUUCCGCGGAGACCAGUGAAGACAUGGCUGUGGUCUGGAAGCUCUUAAGAGAAGGAAAUGUGAACAUUCAAGCUACUCAGGGAGGCCAGACUGCGCUGAUGCUGGGAGUCAGCCACGACAGGGAGGACAUGGUUCAAGCGCUGCUUAGCUGCCAGGCAGAUGUCAACCUGCAGGACCACGAUGGAUCCUCGGCCCUCAUGCUGGCCUGUCACCAUGGCAACGUAGACCUGGUGCGGCUGCUCCUGGCACACCCAGCCUGCGACAGCAGCCUGACUGACAAGGCUGGCCGCACAGCUUUGUCCAUUGCUCUGAAGUCACCCACCCAUAUGGAAAUUGCUGGGCUUCUGAGAGCCCACGCGGAGCAGGGCAGAUCCCUGGGGCUGUAGGGGCUGCAGAGGAACUGGCAGCCAGGAACAAAAGCCUUCUUCUCUGGACUCCUCCCUCGCCUUUGGAGAAGGCAGAGGUCACAGGCCAGAGAGCCACCCCUCAAGAGAAGAAACUAUGUGAAAUAUGCACAUACACUCCUGUUGUAUAAUUCUGCUCAUUAGGAUGCUUUGUAGUUUUUGCCUUAGGCCAAGCCCCAAAACUACACGGCUUCAGAAUAGGGUUCAAAGUGCAAAGCUGAGGGGUACAUCGGUGUCAUCCAAGCAUCCAAAACAUCUUCAGCCUUGAAUUCCUCCUGACUCUACCCUCUGUAGCAUUGUGUAGCAAGCAGGCAGGCAGGAGCACAGUAGCACAUUAGAAAAGCAAUACUUUUUACAUGGAAUUUCAAAGUGCACUAUCUUUUUGUUUUUAAGCAAGAGUAUACAAAUAUGUCCCAUUGAUAUGCAUGUCUAGAGAUGGGAGGGGAUUUAAGCCAACCUCCUGGUAAGCAUUCUGAAGAGGACCCCAGGAGAAUCACUAUGCAGACUGUUGAAACUGAACAAGCCCCAUUUGGGAGCUUUGUUUCGAUGGGGUUGACAGAGAAAUCUUAAAUUCAGACAAGGUAGGAAGAAGCACAUUGGCUUCCAUGCCAAAUAUACAGUCUUAACUAUUUCUGAGUCAUCUAGUGAUUCCAAUUUGCUCUAGGGAAAUUGGAAUUAACUAAGUAAUUUAUUAUCUAGUAGGUUGCUAUGUAAUAAAAUAAAGAAAUUGAAUCCAGUGACACACGCCACAUGUGUUUGGGCAGAGUCGGAUUCCAUCAGCUAAUCUGAGUCUGUGAAAGAAACAAAAGAAAGCUUCCUCCUGAGGAUGGGUUAUGGUCAUCGAGAAGCCGCCACAUUUCCUGCAUAGCCGUAUCCAUUCCCUUACGGUACUUCCCGGUGCUUUCCCCUCAUAUCCCCUAGAAGCACUCAUCUGUUCUAAGGUUUUCUGGGACUUCUGGCUGCAGAGCCUUCCAGCCUCGGAUGCAUCAGGAGCAAGGGAGCCAGGCGGGGAAGGGCAAUUCUUUCCGAAGCUUCCACAUUCCCUGGGGCCGGCACAUGCGAGGUUUAUAUGGUCAGUAGCUCACAUCAGGUCGUCUGAAUGUGCUCUUUCUUAAAAUCUCUUAUGAAAAAAAAAAAAAAAUCUCUCUUAUAUAAAAAGAA